AUGUCCCUUUUCACCAAAACCAUUCACAUCACCGCGCACCCGGCGCCGCGCACCCUCUCCGACAGCAAACUCAUCCUCACCGCGCUGCAGAAAUUCGGCGAAGUCGUCACCUUCCGCAAUUUGAGGUACGACGUAACAAACCUCCCCACCACGACGAAAACCACCCGCCCACCAUCCCACAACAUAAUCGCCAUCUACGAAUCCGCCGCCGCGGCGACGGCCGCCUGCGCCGCGUCUCCGCUAUCAAUCCCUCUCACCCCGGACGCCCAGGCGCAGGCCCAACACACCCCACAGUCACAGUCACAGUCACAGUCAGAAUUACAAUCACAAUCACAGUCACAAUUACAAUCACAAUCACCAGCACAGUUCACGCAAGCACAACCCCCGAAACAAAAACAAUACUACACGCCCCUCCCUCUCCCGCCGCAGCAGCAGCAGCAGCAACACGCCUCGCCAGACGCAGCAGCACCGCACAACCUCCCAGCCCUCGACCCAACGCGAUCCGACGAAGACCACCCCACAACGAUAAGCUGCACCCUCACCGCCUCGCGCACCAACCACGCCGCCGCCAUCCGACGGAACCCCUGGUACGCUGGGUUCGAGGUCGAGAGGACGAGUCACCCGCGCAUGUUUGCGGAUCUGGUGCACGCUGGGAUUCCCCUCCGGGAGCUGGCGGAUGGGCCGGCGGGGCGGCGGAAGGCGGCGGGGGUGCCGCAUGGGCGGCGGCAGAGGGUGGAGGCGGAGACGGUGCGGUGGGGGGCGGGGAGUUUGAUGGGGUUGUUUCGGGGGGACCUUCGUGGUAAUAAUGGUGGUGAUGUAGGGGGGAGGAGGAAGGGGGGGGAGGAGAAGAGUAGAGAAUAA